GGCGCCCCAAUCCUCUGCUGCCUGCCUUGCAUCGCCUGGACUCUGCUGCCUGCUAAAUCCAUCUCCUCUCCUCCCGACGGCCUCGCCUUAUCCCCAGCGCAUCCCCCCGCGCGCCACACAUUCCUCGCCUGCCUGCCUGCCUGCGCCCACAACCCUCUCUUCUCCCCUACCCACCCCGAUCUUGGAUUCUUCCGCCGUGGUGUCUUCUGUGGUCGCCGUGCACCGCGCGCGGUUUAUAGGCUCACGCCGCUCCAACCAGGGGCGUCUCUGUCCACGCAUAGCCACGCGUGAGUCCCUCUGAUUCGUUCAUACACUACCACACCCACCACUACCAGCACAUCUCGAGCAAGUCUCCUGCUGCCCAGAUUCUGCGCUACAACAACAACAUGUCGGUGCUGGCGGACCUGCUGACGGAGGUCUUCCGGGAGCCCACCCUGGCCGGGGUGGCGCGCGAACUAGCAACCCUCGCCGCGCCGCUCUGGCUCGCUGCCCUGGUCGGCCUGCUCAUCGGCUGGGCCUGGCGCCCGCGCUGGGCAGCCGCAGUCGUCGACGUCGCCGGCCACCACCACGAACCAGUGCUGGCGGCGGCGCAGGCCCCUGACCAGCUCGCCGCCGUCGCCGACCACUUGGCCGUCGUGCCUAGAGCUAAGCCGGCAUCUGUGGCGCCAACGGAGGAAGAGGAAUUGGCGGUCAGCACCCCGGACCUGAUGCACCUCCGCAGGGUCGUCGAGGAGAAGGACGGCGGCCCCGCCUGGACGCACAUCAUGGACCGCACGCUCCCGACAUUCCGCUACCAGGCAUGGAAGAGAGAACCCCAGAACGGCCCGCCGCAGUACCGCAGCAGCACCAUCUUCGAAGACGCGUCGCCCGAUGUCGUCAGGGAUUUCUUCUGGGACGAUGACUUCCGGAUCAGCAACACCUGGGACGACAUGCUUCUUGAGCACGAGACGCUGGAGGAGUGCACAAAGACGGGGACGAUGGUUGUUCGCUGGGUCAGGAAGUUUCCAUUCUUCUGCAGCGACAGGGAGUAUGUUAUCGGACGCAGGAUAUGGGCAUCUGGAAAGACCUACUACUGCGUUACCAAGAGCGUGCCUCGUCCCUCUGUUCCAAGGUGCAGCAAACCUCGCCGUGUGGACCUGUAUUACUCUAGCUGGUGCAUCCGUCCAGUUGAAUCAAGAAACGGUGAUGGGGCAAUGACGGCAUGCGAGGUGCUCCUGUUUCAUCAUGAAGACAUGGGUAUCCCAUGGAGCAUCGCGAAGCUCGGCGUGCAGCAGGGCAUGUGGGGCUGCGUCAAGCGGAUCGAGCCUGGCCUACGGGCAUACCAGACCGUGAGGGCCGCCGGGGAGCCCAUCUCGAAAUGCGCAGCGAUGGCACACGCCAACACAAAGUUUGUCGCCGACGAGCUCGCCGCUUCAGAGAACAACACCGAGGCCGGUUCGACCAGCAACAACGCCCAAGCCGAGAAGCCGAAGCACUGGACGGGCAACCUACCCAAGGUCUUCGUGAUAGGCAGCGUGGUCGCCCUGGCUUGCACCUUCGACAAGGGGCUACUGACCAAGGCCCUCGUGUUCGGAACGGCGAGAAGGUUUGCAGGACCAGGAAGAAGAUAGGAACCAAACAUCGGCGAUCCAUGACGCGCAUUUGUUCCGAUGCACAACCGAGCGAGCGACGCUAUCCGGUAUUAUCUUCGGUCCCGAGACGCUCGCGCUUGCAGAUGAGGACGAGGACGGCGUUUGCUCAUGCUAGAGAGCAUCUGUAAGCAGGCUUGUGUACAUACUGCUGUAGCUGCAGUCUGUGAAGCUGAGAGCUGAUUAGGAUAUGGAACCAUGGUGAUAAUGAGACUGAAUUGUAUUGGAUGCUGAGACAUGGCCAUCAUCAUUAUGAUGAUGAUGUACUACAAUGAAUAAGCUCAUAUUUUGGAGGUGCUAUAAAAAUAUAGUGCUUUUUGUU